AUGAAUAGAAUUCUCGUUAUUGGCGCUGGCGAGCUAGGAACUCACGUGCUUCGGUCUUUGAUCCAACACCCAUUCGGCCAAAAUGCCACCGUGUCUGUGCUAUUGCGAUCGGAGACUAUUGGGUCAGCCGAUCCGGUUAAACAGAGAGAGGUUCAAUCCUUACAAGAAAUGGGAGUAAAGUUGGUUCCCGGGGACAUUGUGCAUGACGAAGAAUCAAUUCUCAUCUCGAUCUUCGCCGAGUAUGACACCAUUAUCGGCUGCACAGGCUUUGUUUCUGGAAAAGGGGCCCAAGUCAAGUUAGCAUCUGCUGUCCUUGCAGCGAAAACGACCCGGUAUAUCCCCUGGCAGUUUGGAGUCGACUAUGAUGUUAUCGGGCGCGGUUCUGCGCAAGACCUAUUUGAUGAACAACUCGACGUUCGGGAUAUGCUCCGCUCACAAGCGACGACCAAAUGGGCUAUAAUAUCGACUGGGAUGUUUACAAGCUUUCUGUUUGCGCCAUCAUUCGGAGUGGUGGAUUUCGACAAUACCACUGUCUGUGCCCUGGGAAGCUGGGAGAAUCGAGUCACCAUCACCACACCUGAGGACAUCGGGAGGUUCACUGCGGAGAUUUUGCUUGGAAAGGACUCGGAUGCCCUCGUUUCUAAUCAAGUCAUCUUUGUUGGCGGCGACACGAUCGCCUACGGGGAGUUGGCGCAGUUGGUGGAGAGACUGGCACAGAAGCCGUUCGAGAAAAGGGUUCUCAUGGUGACCGAUGCACAGACUGCCCUUGCGAAGGACCCAAGCAAUGGAUUAUUGAAAUAUCAAAUGGUCUUCGGCCAAGGACGCGGUGUUGCAUGGGAUCUGAAAGAGACGUGGAAUUUCAAACAGAGUCUCACCGCAAAAUCAGCAGAGGAAUGGGCCAGAGAGAAUCUUGUGUAG